AUGAAUCUUCCCAAGCUGCACGUCUCCGCUCGCGUCUCGGCAGAUAUGAACAAGAACUGUGUGUGUGUGUGUGUGUGUGUGUGUGUGUGUAACGAUGCCAUGCAGCAGCGCAUUAGCAAUCUCCAUCGCGAGCUGGCCUUUGCAAGCCGUACUCAGAAGCAGCAAGGCCGCACGACCAACAAGCUUGUCCAAUUGCUCGUGCAGUGCCGCGAGCGUCUGGGGUCCGAUGAUGAAGAAUUGCGCGACCAAGUGGACAAGGCCUUGCGAGCUUCCAUCAGUGGCAAGGAGGUCGUAUGGCCUGACCAGGAAGUCCAUGAGCCGCAUUCACCAGAGCUAGUGCCCGCAGCAGCUGCGCCAAGCUCGCUCACUUUUGGCACACCGGAUCAACUGCACACCCCACGUUCAGCGCGCUCCAAGGGUCGCACUCCGAUGCGUUCCGUUUUGCGCAGCUCGACCAAAGCAAAGCUGUUCACACCAUUGGUUCAACACGAGCCUUUUACGGCCAUGCCUGCCGCGGCCGUGGCGGAGGAGUUUCAAGACGCUCAGCAGAUGUCCUUCACACCACCUGGCACCUAUAAUGUGGGGCGACGUGCGGUUGCGCGCCUGAAACGAGGAAAUGAUGAGGAUGCUAUCAGCGAGAACAUCCGUCCCAUGCCCGGCAGCUUGGUCAUGGAUGAAGAAGACACUGGCGAGCCAGCCAGCAAGCUUGCCAAGGCCGACGUGCUGGACAAAAGCAGCUCGUGCACGUCAAGCAAGACACCGUCCUCGUCGUCCCGAGGCAGCGCAUUGUCACGUGCCGGCUCCAAGCGUACCUCGCUGCGUUCCAGUACUCGAGGCUCCACCCGCAAAUCGUACCGUGACAUGACCAGUGCAGCCAAGAGGGGCCUGCGCUCUGAAAAGCCUCUCGGCGUCAUCAACGGCAACAACAAUGCCUCUGCGGCCGACAAAAUGCCUAGGUACAUGCGACCCACGCUGGCCACGCGUUCGCGAUCUCAGAGCAACCUGGCACAGCAGUAA